AUGGCCCCACGCAGGAUGAUGUUUUACUUUGUCUUCACUUUGUUCUUCAUUUUGGCUCAACUGCCAUCUGGGUGCCAGGGAGGACUUGAUUAUGCUCCAUUAUUUCCAGCAGGUGAGGGCAGCGUCUGUGAUACCUGCAGGUUGGGUCGAGGCAAGUGCAGGAAGAUUUGCCUGGAGAAUGAGAAGGUGGAAGGAAACUGCAUGAUGGACCUUUUCUGUUGCCGGGAGAGGCACUGA